ACCCUGGCCGCGGGGGCGGCACGCUCGAUCUACGCGUCCGGGGCCCCGCGGGGCCGGGCCCGGAGUCGGCAUGAAUCGCUGCUGGGCGCUCUUCCUGUCUCUCUGCUGCUACCUGCGUCUGGUCAGCGCCGAGGGGGACCCCAUUCCCGAGGAGCUCUAUGAGAUGCUGAGUGACCACUCGAUCCGCUCCUUUGAUGAUCUCCAGCGCCUGUUGCACGGAGACCCCGGAGAGGAAGAUGGGGCCGAGUUGGACCUGAACAUGACCCGCUCCCACUCUGGAGGCGAGCUGGAGAGCUUGGCUCGUGGAAGAAGGAGCCUAGGUUCCCUGACCGUUGCUGAGCCGGCCAUGAUCGCCGAGUGCAAGACGCGCACCGAGGUGUUCGAGAUCUCCCGGCGCCUCAUAGACCGCACCAACGCCAACUUCCUGGUGUGGCCGCCCUGCGUGGAGGUGCAGCGCUGCUCCGGCUGCUGCAACAACCGCAACGUGCAGUGCCGCCCCACCCAGGUGCAGCUGCGACCUGUCCAGGUGAGAAAGAUCGAGAUUGUGCGGAAGAAGCCAAUCUUUAAGAAGGCCACGGUGACGCUGGAGGACCACCUGGCAUGCAAGUGUGAGACAGUGGUGGCUGCACGGCCUGUGACCCGAAGCCCGGGGGGUUCCCAGGAGCAGCGAGCCAAAACACCCCAAACUCGGGUGACCAUUCGGACAGUGCGAGUCCGCCGGCCCCCCAAGGGCAAGCACCGGAAAUUCAAGCAUACGCAUGACAAGACGGCACUGAAGGAGACCCUCGGAGCCUAGGGGCAUCGGCAGGAGAGUGUGGGCAGGGUUAUUUAAUAUGGUAUUUGCUGUAUUGCCCCCAUGGGGUCCUUGGAGUGAUAAUAUUGUUUCCCUCGUCCGUCUGUCUCGAUGCCUGAUUCGGACGGCCAAUGGUGCUUCCCCCACCCCUCCACGUGUCCGUCCACCCUUCCAUCAGCGGGUCUCCUCCCAGCGGCCUCCGGCGUCUUGCCCAGCAGCUCAAGAAGAAAAAGAAGGACUGAACUCCAUCGCCAUCUUCUUCCCUUGACUCCAAGAACUUGGGAUAAGAGUGUGAGAGAGACUGAUGGGGUCGCUGUUUGGGGGAAACAGGCUCCUUCCCCUGCACCUGGCCUGGGCCACACCUGAGCGCUGUGGACUGUCCCGAGGAGCCCUGAGGACCUCUCAGCAUAGCCUGCCUGGUCCCUGAACCCCUGGCCAGCUCUGAGGGGAGGCACCUCCAGGCAGGCCAGGCUACCUCGGACUCCGUGGCUAAGACCACAGACGGGCACACAGACUGGAGAAAACCCCUCCCACGGUGCCCAAACACAGUCACCUCGUCUCCCUGGUGCCUCUGUGCACAGUGGCUUCUUUUCGUUUUCGUUUUGAAGACGUGGACUCCUUUUGGUGGGUGUGGCCGGCACACCAAGUGGCUGGGUGCCCUCUCAGGUGGGUUAGAGAUGGAGUUUGCUGUUGAGGUGGCUGUAGAUGGUGACCUGGGCAUCCCUUGCCUCCUGCCACCCCUCCUCCCCACACUCCACUCUGAUUCACCUCUUCCUCUGGUUCCUUUCAUCUCUCUACCUCCACCCUGCAUUUUCCUCUUGUCCUGGCCCUUCAGUCUGCUCCACCAAGGGGCUCUUGAACCCCUUAUUAAGGCCCCGUAUGAUCCCAGUCACUCCUCUCUAGGGCAGAAGACUAGAGGCCAGGGCAGCAAGGGACCUGCUCAUCAUAUUCCAACCCAGCCACGACUGCCAUGUAAGGUUGUGCAGGGUGUGUACUGCACAAGGACAUUGUAUGCAGGGAGCACUGUUCACAUCAUAGAUAAAGCUGAUUUGUAUAUUUAUUAUGACAAUUUCUGGCAGAUGUAGGUAAAGAGGAAAAGGAUCCUUUUCCUAAUUCACACAAAGACUCCUUGUGGACUGGCUGUGCCCCUGAUGCAGUCUGUGGCUUGGAGUGGCCAAAUAGGAGGGAGACUGUGGUAGGGGCAGGGAGGCAACACUGCUGUCCACAUGACCUCCAUUUCCCAAAGUCCUCUGCUCCAGCAACUGCCCUUCCAGGUGGAUGUGGGACACCUGGGAGAAGGUCUCCAAGGCAGGGUGCAGCCCUCUUGCCCGCACCCCUCCCUGCUUGCACACUUCCCCAUCUUCGAUCCUCUGAGCUCCACCUCUGGUGGCUCCCCCUAGGAAACCAGCUCGUGGGCUGGGAAUGGGGGAGAGAAGGGAAAAGAUCCCCAAGACCCCCUAGGGGUGGGGUCUGAGCUCCCACCUCCCUUCCCACCUACUGCACUUUCCCCCUUCCCGCCUUCCAAAACCUGCUUCCUUCAGUUUGUAAAGUCGGUGAUUAUAUUUUUGGGGGCUUUCCUUUUAUUUUUUAAAUGUAAAAUUUAUUUAUAUUCCGUAUUUAAAGUUGUAAAAAAAAAAAUAACCACAAAACAAAACCAAAUGAAUCUGC